GCUGCUCACACACACACACCUACACGUCGAGGUAGACCGUCCGCCGGCCGGCCGGCCCUGUGCCGGGCUGAGCGCGGCCUUCAUCUGCUGUCCAGGAAGCCGCCGAGUCUCUCUCUCCCACAGACAGUGACCCAGUAAAAUGGCCCAGAGCACUCUGAGAGGGAAACGAAGUGUUCCCCUCACUACCUCCAAUGUACUGGCAGUAGUGAGGGAGGUGAAGAGGUGGUGGGGUGGAUUGGGGAGUGGGUCAUUGACACGUACCUCUACAUACCUGAAUCAAAGCAGAAAGAGAUCACGGCCAACUUCCCAGAUGAGAUGGAUCAAAAGCAGCAGGCUAUAUCCUACUGGAUCAACACCGACCCUCUAGCCAGCUGGAGGAGACUCAUUAUUGCCCUGGACAGGAUGGGAGAAACAGAGCUGGCCGACUCUAUAAGAUCCAAUGCUGAACCUCUCACUGGUAUGUGUAUCCAUAGCAACCAACAUGUUUGUGCUGGCUAAUCAU